AGCGACGUCUGUCACCACUGUACCUGGAUGAGACAGUCCUGCAUCCAGCUGUAUUCUUACGUAUUGUUUAAAGCGUAUCGCAAGACUCGACACGAUCAUCUGACAACUGAAAAUUACGCCUAGCCCUUAAUCGUAAAGGUUGGCAAAUCAAAGCCAACUGACCCACGAAACUGCGUUGCUGUCUGUUGCUAAGAAGAGGGGCGCUCGCCGCAUCUGUUGCCGGGGUGAAUUGAUUAAAAUGUUAGCAUCCAGCUAGCUAGCAAUAUUUCUAGAUCUGAGGCGCAACAACGAGGUUUAAAUCGAGAAUGAAUCAUGUCCUCUAUUGCUCCUGCUAGACACCACUCGGGAUGAAUCAACACUAAUUUGCGUGUUCGGUUUCGGGGCUCUACUUUCCGCCCGAACAGGAAGACGGACCUUAAAAUGUAGAAAUUGGGUACAUGUAAGGUUAAAGAGCUAACUGCAGCUAGCAGACUAGCUUGAUGAAAUACAACUAUAAUCUAUGCGGCUACCGCAAAACGUAGCUGCACUGCCAGCCAACAUGGACUGUUUGUUUUCCGUUCAGCCCGACGUUGUUAGAGAUGAAUAAAACGAUUGUAGUGUAUUCGACCGAGAGCUAGAAGGCCGAUGCGACAAUGGAGUCUUUCCUGCAGAUAGCUCCCCAUUCUUUGGCUAUAGUGCUAUCCAGGGUCGGGGCUGGGGAGGCGUUAGGGGGCAGGGUGUCUGAAAGCGACGAGUUCCCGAGACACCACACCGGCUAUGAGAUUUUUGCCGAUUUUAAAGCAGAAAAUACCCAGCAUCAUGUAUGGAACCAGCGGAUUACAGAGGCCGUGUCCGAGACUUUCUUCCUGGGAUGGAUUGACGAGCAUGUGCUAUUAAUUCAAGGCAAGGAAGACCACCUGGAGGUGCUGAGGGAGGGAUGGAUGCGGAGGUCUCUUAAUCCGCCUCGGGGAUUCACCAUUAAAUACCUCGGUGAUGUGUCACCGAUCAGUAUGUCCCCCAUCAGCCAAUCGCAAUUCAUCCCUUUGGGAGAAGUUUUGUUAUUGGCUAUCUCUGCUAUGAACUCUGCCCAUAAGCCUGUCACUCAGGAGGCCUUAACUGAACACCUGCAGACAUGUUUUCCAGGUGUACCCACACCAACGGAGGAGGUUUUGCGCCAUACUCUGAACAUGCUGGUCCGUGAGCGGAAGAUCUACCCGACACCUGAUGGAUAUUUUAUCGUAACUCCUCAAACCUAUUUCAUUACUCCAAGCCUAAUCCGAACUAGCUCCAAGUGGUAUCACUUGGAAGAGCGUUCUGCUGACCGACACCAACACCAGAACCAGCAGCAGCAGCAUCAGCAGACACAGUGCACCUCCCCUCUCUCUGGCACCAUAACCCCUUCCACCUCCGGGGGUGUGCGAGAGCGAACACAUCCAAAGUCCAACCAGAAUCACAGCGGGGGAGGUGGGGAUUCUUUUUACAACAACAGUUAUCGUGGAGACGACCCCCCUAGCCACCACACCACCCUGCAGCGGCGAUCCCCCAAAGACCACCGGGAGUCUGCACAGUUCCCCCCCGAGGAAUGGCCGCUACGGGAUGAGGACGUACCCAGCCAGCUGCCACGCCACGUAGAGAUGGAGAUCAUCCGUAGAAUCAAUCCUGACCUCACGGUGGAGAAUCUUGCUCGACACACAGCAGUCAUGAAGCGUCUUGAAGAAGAGCGUGCUCAGAGGAGCAAAGCAUCGUCGGCCAAUCACAGCUCCAGAAGUAGAAGAAGUGGGGGCAGACACAGAAAGCCGUCCCAGACCAAACUUAGCCGCUCGCAUAGUAAGACAAGGACUACUCGCUGUGAGCCAAGUGACAGUUCGCAUUUAGAGUUGGCCGAAAGGGACUAUAGAGGUUACUCAUGCUCACUGGCUCGGUCACCAAGGGAACAGGCGGUGGCCAUGGAGCGGCAGAGGGCCCGACUCCACCUGGCACACAGCAACCCUAACAUCCUUGACUCCUCACACCUGCCCGUUACUCCAGAGUGGGACGUGUCCGGAGAACUUGCCAAGCGACGCACAGAAAUGCCUUUCCCUGAGCCAAGUCACGGCAAAUCAGCCCACCAUUCUAAGGUCCACCGCUCGCACUCCCACACCCAGGAGAGGAAAUCCAGAAAUGAACGCAGUGACAAGGCCAAGGAACGUUCCCGAUCAAUGGACAACUCUAAAGGUCCGCUUGGAGCUGGACUGAUUGGACCACCCGAUUAUUAUGAUGACCGGAGCCGUUACUAUACUGAUGAUGGCACCCUGCGAGCCAAUCAGAACUCUUCUCACUACUCUCGUGCCACACCCACUUCAACUAAGGUGCCUGGGGAUUCCCUGAGAUUGGAUGGGAGCAGGAACUUGGAGAAGAGUAAGAGCAGGGAUAGCCUCCCAGCAUAUUCACCAAAACCACUGCCUAACUCUGCCUCUCCUGAUGAUUACUUCCAAUGCCCUGGAUCCUCUGAGGCUAUUCUCACAUCAACAGCUCCUCUGGGAACUCUGGGCAAAAACAGCCACGAUGGAUUAAAACUAGGUAGUAUUGACAGGCAGACUGAUAGACAGACAUCCCAUCCACCAGAAAAUAGGGAGGACUUAACAAAGGUGGGACCUAAGGGCAGCAGCUUGCCACCAAUACCCCUCUCUAUCCCUGACCUCCCUCUUUCUAAUGGACGACCUGCCCACGGCACCUCUUCCAAUCAGGAGAAACGAAAGGAGAUCUUUAGUAAAGAUACGCUCUUCAAACCUCCGCCUAGCCUGCCUUUGCCAGGUUACAGCUCUCUGAGAAAACCCACAGCCCAUGCCUCCUCAAAUCUGUCAUCAUCCUGCGAUGCUCUUGAUUCCCAAGAAGCCUUCGAUGCUCCUAAGCCUCUGCUGGCAACAUCAUCUGCUCCAUCACAAGGGACUGAACCCACAUCCGGUGCUGCAGAUGCAAACUUUGACUACUACAAUGUUUCAGAUGAUGAUGAACUUGAAGACGGAGGCGCGAAAAGUCAAGGAGAGGAUGACAAGCCUGGAGGAAGCAUUGCUGUCAUGGGAGGAGGUGGAGCAGGAACCAUGCAAUGGCUGCUGGAAAGAGAGAAAGAGAGGGAUCUGCAGAGGAGGUUUGAAAGAACGCUUGCCUUCCCAGGUGUCAAAGAGAACCUUCCGGAGCCCAGUCAGAACCAGCAGUCAGCUCAUUCUGCUCGGCUGGACAGUAUGGACUCCAGCUCGGUCACUGUUGACAGUGGAUUCAAUUCCCCACGAACAAGAGAGAGCUUAGCAUCUAACACCUCUUCAAUAGUGGAGAGUAACCGACGGCAGAAUCUGGCCUUGAGCCCAGGCCACCUCAACAUCACCACUGGAAACGGUCCUCCUUUCUCCUUCCGUGCCAUUCCGGAACCUGCUGGCACCCAACCAGAAAAACUCCAGAAGCCCAGUGCCUGCCUCGCGUCAAUCACCAGCGUCUAGGCUCAGAACUAAGGGCUGGGCAGAACACAGAGCCAGUGGACUGGUCAUGGACUGUUACAGUGAACACUGACAGACUGGCCGGCAGUGCCGCUGUGACAGGUCCUUUGUGAUUAUACCUGCUAACACACAUAUGGAUGGACACAGACAGGAAGUUAGAUCCCCAGGAAGCAGCUCGUUCACACAGAACUACACACACCAGGAUAUUGCACACUGUCAUUCUCUAGCCUCUAGUUUACACACUACAGCUUUUGUGUUUUUCAUACGUGUGGGUUCGAGUGAGUGAGUGAGUGACUGAAUGCUUGGAUAAUCUGUAAUCUCAGGUUAUGUUAUUUUCACGCCCAUUCAGCUGCUUAAGAUGACUUAACCCCCUCUUGUGGUGUCAACUGGUAUUACACACUGAGAAGCAUCAGUUCUGACUUAUAAGGGGUUCCCAGAGUUUCACUAACCAAUUCUUACUCAUUGCUUGUCUCUGUUUGCCCUCAAAUAACAUUUGCCAAUGGCAACACCCUUUAAGGUGCAGGGCCACAGAAAAUGGCAAUAAAAACCUUUAUCAUCACUCCAAAACAUAACAACACAUGUGAAGUGGUUACAGAGGACAGUUUUGUUUUACACGAGAACAUUUCUGUAGAAUGUAUGGAAGCAUUUCUUAUGUCUAUGGUGCCCAUCUGAACUCCCGACACUGUUGGCGGUUUCUGUUCAGGCAGCAGUUAAACAUGGACGGCUGCAGGUGCAGAGAUGAGAUUGAUGAUUACAGACUGUUUAGACUUUGUUUCUUUUUGUUACCCUUCAUGUCCGUUGGCUACAGUCCAUCCAAAAACUGAGUUAUUAGUCCAGUGGACAUGGAGUCCUUUGUCCAGUCUCAUAGAGGAAAAAACCCAAUAUCAGUGAUCAGAUUUACUUUAUAAAUCUAUGCAUUACAAUAAUCUACACUGACAACUACAUUUGUGUAGUAUAUUAUGUGUGUAGGUAACAUGAAAUAUUUCUUGGUAUCCUGAGUCGAUUUUCUUGUUGAGAUUCAUUUCAUUCAGUUUCUCGACGUAUUUAUUAGAUGAGUUCUGUUGAGGCUCUAAAAGCGUUAUUACGGCUAAUUUAUUUCCUCCUGUAAUACAGAUCUCGUCAUUCUAGUCACAGUAACCACCAACAAUCUGGAGACUAUAAGCAGUGCGUUGUUGGAAACACUACCUCGACAAGACAACACGAUAAAGGGAAAAAACUCUGAACAAGUGAAUCAAACAACAAAAUUUAGACUCCUUGAUGUGAAACAGCUUUAUUCAGUGGACAUGAGGGGUCAACGUUUACUUGUUUACUAAAAUAACCGCCCACGUUCCAGAGACAGGAAGUGCAUGAGAGUUCUCGUUAUAAAUCCUUGUGUGAGAACAGCAAAGUCUGUGCUACAUGUUAAUGUGCCGUGUACAACAUCGCAGUUGCACUUGUAGUGACUUAGAGUCCAACACAGAAUGCAAGAUCUAACAAACAAACCAGUCUUAUACACACACAGAGAAAAAGACAGGGAUUUGACAUUUUUAGUAUUUUUGCACAGCUUUUUCGCCAAUUUAUAUUUUUAUCAACUUUAUAAAUACUUCAGUUUGUCUUCAAACGGCUUGAAUCAAAACCUUGAGCUCUUCACUCCUGGUGCUAAGAUGUAUUGUGGUCAGUGAGACUAUAAUUAAAAAUGAAGACGAUAUGGUAAGAUUAUAGUAUCAUACGUCUGCUGUACUCGCAUAUCUCUGGCCAGCAGCACAGAGAGUCCAGCCUGACGGGCAGGUGGAGCACCUGACUACGUCACAGUGAACUAAAAGCUACAUUUGAAAAUUGUUUCAAAUCAUGCUUGAAAUUGGGUUCCAGAACCUCUGCAGUGUUUUCGAUUUCCUCUCAUCCGUUUGACUGUUUCCGUCGUUGCCAUCCGGUAAGUUUCUCUCUACUUAUACCAACUACCUCCAUAGAAGCGAAACGACAGUCUGAAAUAUCACUGUCAUUAGCCUCUAGCCUGUGAAUGUCUUACAAACACAUGUAUUCAGUGCUCUCCAAGAGUAGGUUAACGGUACAGUGAUAUUUCAACCUACCGUCUGUAUAUACGGCAUAUUCAACGUACACAUGAACCGUGUGGAGUGAAAGCUGAAGCUGCUCGUGUUGGAUUCCCAUUGACUUUUAGAGGGCACCAUAAAUAUACCAUCACACUACAUAUCAAAGUGUUGAAGCCACUGUUUUUUUCCUUUACUCCAUCCAGUGCUGACUUUCAGAAAAGUUCUCAUUAAAAAACAAUUUCACAUCUACAUUUCACUUGUUGUGUAACCGACAUCAUUCGUUGGUCUGUAUUGUUCUACAUCGGGUCCCCUGCAGUUCUUGGGUUGUAUCCCUCAGGGAUGUUCUGUUCUCUGGAACAGAGUGUUCAAUGUUAAGUAUUCUAGAAUUGUAGCCCUUAGUCAAUCAUGCCUGAAGGUUUCUACUCACCUUUUGUCAGUAUUCAACAAAUCUGCGAAACAUCCUUUAUCUCUCUGUAAUAAGAUUCUUGUCUCUGCUCUUUCCCUAGAGUAGGUAGUUGUUCUUACUACCUUUACACUAGGAUUUUAGUCCCAAUUAUACUUUUACACAUAGGUUGUUUGUGCCAUUUGUACCCACGUUGUAAGACUAUAGAAAGACUAUAGAAAGAUGAGAAUAAGUCCCGAUAUCACUGCUCCAUCUUCACCACUCAGAGUGAGUCCUGUCCCUGCAGGCUUACUAUUACAGCUAGGUUGAAGCCUGAAUAGUAGAAAUGAAUCUCUGCAUCUCUUUGACCAUGUUUGAAGGUUUUUAGCUCUUGUUCCACAGCAGCGGGGUUCUUCUUUGUUCCACCAGUGAAACGGGGCUUUGUGUCUGCCUGCAGGAACACGUGUCUCUCAUCUCUAAUGUUUGCACUGCUCCCUACCCCGAGCCUCCACAUUGUCGCCUGGCCCAGUGGCCUUACAUCAACCCUUUGUCUUCUCCAGCACAAUCCCUGUUUCUACAGUGACGGUCCAUGAAAUGUCUUCCCUCAACAUUAGCGGUUGUUUUUAAGACUGGAGAUUCUCAACAAUAACAAUGUUUCUAAUGGUGACGAUAUGUCAUACCUGUAAAUUAUGUUCAUCUGUUAUAACUAGUCAAAACAAUUUAAAUAAUAAAAAGGAGGGAUUUUUAAAAAAUGUCUAUAAUAUCCAAAAGUCCCUUUGAUGUGUCGUACUGGUGUUACUGUUGUUGUAGUGUAUGUAAUGCCUAAUGGGGAUUGUGUUACUUUUUAUGAUAAUAAAAUAACAAUGUUUGGUUA